AUGGGAGAUAUAUAUAAUGAUAGUCAAAAUGAAGAUAUUAUAAAUAUAAAAUCUCAAAUUGGAAUAAAAGAAAAUUAUAAAUCAAGAAAUACAAGAUAUGAUGAAUUAUUUAAUAAAUAUUAUGAAAAUAAAGGAAAAGACAAUAAAAUGAAUAUAUAUUAUGAUAAUAAACAAAAUGAAAUAUUAAAAAGAAAAAAAUAUAUUUUAGAGGAUGAUCAAGAUCCUCAAUUAACAUAUCAACAUAAUGAAUUUGACAAUUCUAGAAAAAUAAAAAAUUUUGAUAAAAAUAUAUAUGAUGUAAUAAAUAAAUAUCGGAACACAGUAGGAAGUGGGCAAAGUAGAAAUUAUAGCAAACAAAAAAAAAAUAUAAAUAAUCAAAAUUAUCCAUAUUUUGAUACAAACAAUAAUUCUAGCUAUCAUUUUUUAGAGGAAUCAAAUAAAACAAAAACUUACAAUAGCAUAUCAAAUUUAGACAAUAUUAUUAAUAAAUCAUUUCGAAAUUUAAGCAGAACCAGCCAAUCGCCAAAUUAUGGUCCUAAAAAAUAUGGUGAACGAAUAGAGUCGCCAAAUUAUGGUCCUAAAAAUUAUGAACGAAAAGAGUCGCCAAAUUAUGGUCCUAUUGACAAUUUUAGUAUAAGACAAACAAAAAACAAAAUUGAUAGUAGCAAUAAAACUUAUUGCAAUGAUACAAUAAUUAAUAGCUUAUCAAAAAGGGGUACAAAAAUUAUUGAUAAUUUAAAAUACGAUAAAAAUGGAAAAAGUCAAUAUAAAGAUGAAAUUGGUAAAUCUGAUAUGCAUUCACAUUUUUUAUUAUAUAAUAAUUUUGAUGAAGAUAAUUUAAAAAAUGAUUCUGAUUUUUUUCAAAAAUUACAAAAUGAUUCAUUGUGUAUGGAUGAUUAUAAAAUGAUGUUAAAAAAAGGAUACUUAACAAAAAUUAAUAAUAAUAUAAAACAUACUAAAUUAAAAAGAAAUGAUGAAAUAUAUACAAGUAGUGAACUAGAUCAAUCUGAUAUGGAUAGAAAAAUAAAAAAUGAAAAAUCAUUUUAUCAAUUGCCUAACAAUAUCACAAAUGAAUUACAAAAAAAAAACAUGCCAUAUUCACAUUUUUAUGACAAAGAAAAUGAGAAAAAAACAAAAAUUAAAAAUAAUUGUUUAUAUAAAAAUAAAUUAAAAAGUUCAAUAAGUAGAAAAGAUUCGUUAAACGAAAAUUCUGAUCAUAUUAAAAGGUCGUACAUAACAAAAGGUUUUGACAAUUUUGACCAUUUUGACAAUUCAAGCCAUCACAGUAAUAAUGAAUAUGAUGAUGAUAAUUAUAAAAUUAGUAAAUACGAACAAAAUAGAUUUAAUAUGAAUAGAGAUAAAGUGUAUGCAGAUAAAGGGUAUACAGAUAAAGUGUAUACAGAUCUCAAUUACUCGGAUGGUAUCACAAAAUAUAAGUCAAAUGCAUCUUCUCUAUAUAAUGACAAAAAUACAAUUUUGAACAUAUCAGAACUAGAAAAUUAUGACAAAAAUAAGACACUAAUAAAUAGUUAUUCUGGUAAUCCAUAUUUUGUAGAUAAUAAAUUCGAGUAUACUCAUCAAAAUGAUGAAAGAAAAUUUAAGGAAAGAAAAAAUAGUGGAAAAAAAAAUAUGAUAGAUGUAGGAAACUCAAAUAAUAUAGAUGCAGAAAGUAUAAAUUCUAAUAAUAUCAAAAGUACACAAUUACAUAUUAGUCGUAUUUCACAUGGCUCAAAUGAUUUUUCUACUUUAUAUGAUUAUGGGAAUAAUUCAAAAUGUAGACACAGUAAUAUGAUUCGUGAAAAAAGUAUUGGAGGGAAUAAAAGAAGCCAAUGUUUAAACCCUGAUAAAAUGAAAAAUUUAUUUUUAGAAAGUAAUAAAAUGCCAUCUAAUUUGCAUAAGUCAAUUCAUAAUUCUCAAUGCACCAACUUUAGUAAUUAUAUCCUAAACGACAGUAAAGAUUAUCAUUAUAGCGAUGAUAAGUACGUGUAUAACAGAAGUAGUAAUGGCGUGAGCAAUAAUAUGAGUAGCAAUGGUUGGGGGGGAAUCAAUACAUUGGCACCAACUAGGCAAUUAUCUACAAAAAAUAAAAUAAGGAGAAAAUCAAAAAGCAGAAAUAAUUCAAAAAUUUCGAGAAAAUAUACCCUUACUAAAAAUAAUGAAAUGGAAAAUAGCAAACAUUAUAAUAGUGUUAUAAAUGAUGAAAAACGUAUUAGUAUGUCUAGUAAUAAUAUUUUAUCAAAAAAAAAUAAGGAUAUGCUAAAAAAACAAGGAAAAUAUUCUUUAAAUAGUAUAGAAAAUAAUUAUAAUUAUAAUGAUGAUCCAGAAUAUAUCGAAAAUAUUAAUGAAAAUAAAGAUUAUAAUGAACUUUUUAAUGGUGUUAAUAUUUUUUCAAAAGAUAAAAAAAAAAAAAAUAUAAAAAAAAAUUUAAAUUGCAAUUUAUCGACAAAAUUAAAGAAAGAUAUUUUAUUAGACACUCUUUUAAAACAUGGUGAUGAAGAUCAUGAUGAAAUGUCUUAUUCUGAAAAAGAAUUUCAUAAAAAAAAUAUAAAUAAAAGAAAUGCUAAAUUGAAAAAAAAAUAUAAUAUACAAAAUGAUAGAGAUAUAUAUAAUGACUAUAUGGUUAAACAAAAUACAAACAGCCCAUAUACACAUCAAUUUAGUACAUUUAGCAAUUUAAAAAAUAGAUUAUUUACACGAUCUAUGCACAUUGAUGAUUUAAACGGUGAUAAAUAUGAUGCAAAUUAUGAUGUGGGCUAUGAUGAUAAAUAUGAUGCAAAUUAUGGAGAACAGUGUGAUGAUUCAAAUUUUGAAACAAAUUGCUAUUUUGAUUAUACUCAAAGAUGUAAUAGCAAAAAUACAAAUAAUUGUAAUGAAAGUUUAUAUGAUAAAAAUAAUAAGGAUGAUAAUAAAAAAUCAACAUUAAGCUCAUUAUAUUAUCAAGAUAUUUUUGUUUUAUUUUUAAUUUAUAUUUUAAAAUUUAUAUAUUAUUUUAUUUAUUAUAUUUUUCAUUUUUUCAAUCAAUUUACAAUAUAUAUAUUUAAUAAAAUAAAUAAAAUAUCAUUAAAAUGUUUGAUAAUUUCUGUUAUUGUUUCAUUACCACUUUUAUUGUUUGUCUUUUCAUCACUAUUAUUAUCUUAUAGAAGUUUAAAUAUUGAUUAUUAUGAUCGAGAUAUUUGA